ACCCGACGCACCAAACCAAACCACAGAGAUCCCCAGAGGACCCGGGCGCAAACUCCUCUUCUCCCUUAUUUUCCCACCCCAUCAAGUCAUAACACAAUUCCAUUCCAGAUCUCUGCGCCGUAGUAACCUUACCUCGCUCCCUUCCGGACGAGUACUUGUUCCAUCCGACCUCACCCACGCUUGCGCCCCCCAAAAAGACUCGACGUCACCCUCUCGCUUACAUAACAGCCAUCCCACCAACCACAUCGACCAUCACAACCAGCCGCCACACGACAACUCCGCCAACCACCAUCACCACCACCACCACUAUAAUAACAUGCGCCCACCAAGAGCCAUCCUCCCCGCCGCGCGGCACUAUCGCUAUCGCUACAUGUCCAGCAGCAGCGGCAGCAGCCACAGCCACUACGACCCGCCAAGUGGGUGGUUCCUGAAUGUUCCGCCGGGAGAAAAGCCCGUGAAGGAGGGGUGGGAGAACAUUUUCUACUGGGGCUUCUUUGGAAGCUUGUUUGCUGCGGGCAUCGCAUAUGCCUAUAAGCCUGAUACUUCUAUUCAAACGUGGGCACUUGAAGAAGCUAGGAGAAGAUUAGAGGCUGAGGGGAUUUUGGAGGACCCAUCGAGUCCGGGAGCUUCGAAGCAUGAGAUUAGGACUGUGUCUGGGCUUGGGCGUGGGGGGAAGGCAUAAGGGGAGUUCGUUCGGAGGAGGGUUAGUGUUGGAUAGAUGUUCUGAUUGAUGGGGGGUGUAACUAUUUGGCAUUUUUCCUUUCUUUUUUCAUUCAAGUUUUCGUCUUUGCUAAACCUUUUACCCUACGAUUUCGAGGACUCGAUUGCGUGGUAUUUUUCUUCUUGUUCUAGGAGGGGGUUUUUUUUUUUUCGUUCCCCGAUGGAUUGUUGGAUUGCGGAUGGAUUGGUUAGACCGGGCAGGGGAUUACGGUGUAGCGAUUUCUGUAAAAAGGGAUAAAAACACUCAAAAAAAA